AUGAGCUCAGCGGCUGAACCUGUGGCCGUCACCCGGCCCCCACCCUCCUCCAAGAGGCACCGGAGCCAGAGGAAGAAUUCCAGCAGAUUAUACUCGCAGUACCAGGAUCCGCGGUCCGGGCUCUCCGACGAAGAGGAUAAGCCAGAAGAGCAGGUGGACAGCAAUGACCCGGAGGAGAUAUUCCAGAACAUUCAGCUCCAGAAGGAGAUCAUCGCCAACAUUCGCACCAGACCCUGGCCCAUGAGGCACAAGCUCAAAGUCCUCAAGCAGGCCAGGGAGAUCGUCCUGAAGUACGAAGGCAGGCUCACCAGGACCCGCGGCUAUCAGGCUGCCGGAGCCAAUCUCCUGAAGAAACUGUCCCGCUUGCUGUAUAAUAUUGUAGUUUUGUUUGUUCCGUGGGAAAUGAGAAUCAAGAAGAUUGAGAGUCACUUCGGAUCAGGGGUGGCUUCGUACUUCAUUUUCCUAAGAUGGCUGUUUGGCAUCAACAUCGUUCUGACCGUCAUGACGGGAGCCUUCAUCGUCCUGCCCGAACUGUUGGCUGGAGCCCCAUUUGGAACCACCCGUAGCAAGACCAUUCCCAAGGAGCACCUGGCCUCUGCCCAGGAUCUGGACACCAUCUGGUCACUCGGGGGUUACCUCCAGUACUCUGUGCUCUUUUACGGCUAUUAUGGAAGUGUCCGGAAGAUCGGCAGUGCCGGCUACAGGCUCCCCCUGGCGUAUUUUCUGGUUGGCAUGGCUGUUUUUGCCUACAGCUUCAUCAUUCUGCUCCGCAAGAUGGCCAGGAACUCGCGACUCAGCCUGGCUAGCGCCUCAGACGAGAACUACACCUUCUGCUGGAGGGUGUUCUGCGCGUGGGACUACCUGAUCGGCAACCCCGAGGCAGCAGAGAGCAAAGGCGCGGCCAUCGUCAACAACAUAAGGGAGGCGAUUGUCGAGGAGCAAGAGAAGAAGAAGGAAACAAGCCUAGCAGUUCUGGUCAGUCUCCGCAUCGUGGCAAACAUACUGGUGCUGCUGUCACUGGCGGGCAGCAUUUACAUCAUUUACUUCGUGGUGGACCGCUCUCAGAAGCUGGAGCAGGAGAAGCCGGAGUUGACGCUUUGGGAGAAGAACGAGGUGAGCGUAGUGGUCUCGCUCAUCACCAUGAUCGCGCCGUCCGCUUUCGAGCUGGUGUCCCAGUUGGAGAUGUACCACCCCAGAACCAGCCUCAGGUUCCAGCUGGGAAGGGUUUUGGUCCUGUACUUGGGAAACCUUUACAGCCUGAUAAUCGCUCUGCUGGACAAAGUGAACAGUAUGAGCUCAGCGGUUCCUGUGGCUCCUGGAAAUUGGUCUGACUCCUCUGGAUUCCUGGCAACCAUUUCCCUGCCUAUAGAGGAGAACCUGUCCACCAUUGUGCCUGAGAUCUUGGAUCGGAGGAACUCCACGCCCAGCCUGGUCUUGGAGCCCAGCAGGAUGAGAAGCGCUGUGUCGGUCAUCCUUAACCAGACGGCGCUGUACGAGUACAACAUGCGCUCCCAACAGGACCAGUGCUGGGAGACGUACGUCGGGCAGGAAAUGUUAAAGCUGUCCAUCAUCGACAUGAUAUUUACUGUGGCCAGUAUCUUACUCAUCGACUUCAUCCGCGGCCUCUGUGUCCGGUACCUGAGCGACUGCUGCUGCUGGGAUCUGGAGAGCAAGUUUCCGGAAUAUGGAGAAUUCAAAAUCGCUGAGAACGUCCUUCACCUGAUAUAUAACCAGGGGAUGAUAUGGAUGGGUGCCUUCUUCUCCCCGUGCCUGCCAGCCUUCAACGUGCUCAAGCUCAUCGGCCUGAUGUACCUGCGCAGCUGGGCCGUGCUGACCUGCAACGUCCCCCACCAGCAGGUCUUCCGGGCUUCCAGGUCCAAUAAUUUCUACCUUGCCAUGCUUCUGUUCAUGCUCUUCCUCUGCAUGCUGCCCACUGUCUUCGCCAUAGUGCGGUACAGGCCCUCACAACAUUGUGGGCCAUUCAGCGGUCAGGAGAAGAUUUAUGACAUCAUAUCAGAGACGAUAGCCAACGAGUUCCCGCUCUGGUUCGGCAAAGUGAUGGGCUACGUCACCAGCCCGGUCGUGGUGCUGCCGGCUCUGCUCCUGCUCUUCAUGCUGAUCUACUAUCUCCAGUCCAUCGCACGGUCAUUGAAAUUCACCAACACCCAGCUCCGGAUGCAGCUUCAGACUGAAAGGACUGAGGACAAAAAGAAGGUUUUUCAAAGGGCUGCAGUCUGCCUGCAGCCUGCCGAGGCGGAAGCCAAGAAGCAGGAACAGGAGAACGACGUCACCACUAGCCAGGAGUCCUCCGUACGCUCCUCAUCUCCCCGCCACAACGGUAGCGUGGCCAACUUUGAGUCCCCGGUGAGGCAGGGCAACAGCAUCCACACCAUCACCCAGUCAGCCUCGCGCUCUGACGUCAACAGGGCCACGGCCUCCGCCCAGAGUCCCUCCAUCCCGCUGGUGCAGAAACAAAGGAUGGAGCACAUGCCGAGCAGGCACCCAGGAUACUUUGGUGGGGCUAGUGGCCCUGGCAGGUCAAAGUCCUUCAACCAGGUGGCGUACAGUCCCUCCACCCGCUACACAGAGCACAUCCACUCGGAGCCGCUGUACCGGAAGGGUCUCCGGGCCGUGCAUGCGGACGCCGUAGGGCUGGCUCCGGGCCCGAGCUUCGUAGGCCGGCGGUGCCACACCACACGCUACGUGAUCAUCAACGAGCACGAAGCCCGCAAGAAGCUACUGCGCUCGUCUGUGCGGCUGCCCCGCCACUACCGCCUGGAAGACCCCGGCGACAUCGUGGAGCUCUACCCACGCAACAUCAAGAGGUUUGGGAGCCGCAGUCAGCAUCGUUCCUUCCAGCCACACCUCUGCGAGGAAGAGGAGGACGAAGAUGCAAUCAAAGUGCUACGGAGGGGCUCCUUUGGCCACGGCGACCGGCCGCGGUCGUUGUCCGACCUCCAGCCACCUGCUCGUUUCUACAUCGGAGACAAGGAGAGGGACUCGGCCAGGGGACUGUAUGGACAGCACAGGGAGGGCGGCGAGGCAGGCUGGGAGGAGGAUCCCUCGCCGUCCCGCUCCUACACUAACGCCAAGAACGGCAAGCUCCACAGCAGGCCGGGUGAUCAGCAGGUGAAGGCGAAGACGAAGCACAAGGCGGCGCCAUCCCUCACGGAGUCCGACUCCGCCUCCGCUGCCUCCAGCAGCGACCAGCAGAACAGCAGCACCGACCAGUACAUCCAGGUCAUUCACAACAAGGAAAAAUACUUAAAGUCAAGCGGCAAGGUGACUAAAAAGAAGUCCAAAGCCAGUAUCGAUUUAAAUCUAGCGGGAUCCAAAGACCUGGUCUGCUCCAACGUCUAAUGAUGCACAGCUUCCUUCGCAUUGCUUUCAUCUCUCUCCCUGUUGUCACCGAUUACAGUUUAUUCUACCGAGAUGUAUAAUAUACUGUUAUGUUCAAAGUAAUAGAAAGUGGACGAUGCUGUAAUUAAUGUCUGCAGUAGAAUUAUUUUAGUUACUCAAGUUUUAGCACACCCGUAUAGAAAAAUAUUUACAUCACGAUGUGAAAUUGGUGUUUUUAACCUAAAA